UGCAAUCCCUCUACGUGUGUAGAAGGCUCCUCGCGAAAGGGGAUCCGGGCACUUUUUUCCUACCUUUCUGGACACCGGAAAAAGGGGAUCCUCCGAUAACUAGUAAAGCAGACGUCCCCUCCUGCAUAUCAUCAUUAUUAACUUGCGACCGACGUCUAUUCGGGAAACAGGAUGAGCAUCGACACGCUUUUGGAAGCAGCCAGGUUUUUGGAAUGGCAGACCCAACAACAGAUAACACGUGAGGAGAGCGAACUGAGGGAGAAGGUACUCCACGACCGGGAGGUGGAGCAGAGGCGCACAGAAGCGGCCCCAUUGGUGCAGCCUGUGCGGGUGAACCAUGUGACCUGGGGGGAGGAGUCACGCCUGGAGCACCAGCUCACCCCGGUCCCGCCACCGCCCCUCCCCCCUCCCGUGCCCAUCGCCGUCAUACCCAUCCCCGUGGUGCCGGCCAGCCCCGCCGCCCUGCCCCCGCCCACAGCGCUGUCUCCGCCCACUGCGGCCCGCCUCAGCCCUGCCGGUAAGGACAGCCACUCACCGCCGCAGCACCAGCGCCCCCUGCUGGCGCAGGUGAAGGUGGAGCCCAGCUCCCCGCCCCACGCCGGCAGCCCCAACCUGAAGCCGCCCCAGCCCCUGCAGCCGUACCCCGGCUCCAUCGUCUCCGCCCCCCAGCACGCCCUGCCACCCCAGCCCGGCCUCCUGCAGGGACCUCCCGCCCCGGCUGCCCGCCCCGGAGCCCUGGAGGACACCCGCCACCUGGACAGCAAGAGGAGGCCUGGCGGGGCGGGAACUCGAGAAGUCCACAACAAGCUAGAGAAGAACAGACGGGCACACCUGAAGGAGUGCUUUGAGACGCUGAAGAGAAACAUCCCCAACGUGGACGAGAAGAAGACCUCUAACCUGAGUGUUCUGCGGAGCGCCCUGCGGUACAUCCAGACGCUGAAGCGGAAGGAGAAGGAGUACGAGCACGAGAUGGAGCGGCUGGCACGGGAGAAGAUCGCCACGCAGCAGCGCCUCGCCGAGCUCAAGAACGAGCUGAGCCAGUGGAUGGACGUCAUGGAGAUCGACCGCGUCCUGAGGCAGACCGUGCAGCCGGAGGACGACCAGGCCUCCACCUCCACCGCCUCCGAGGGUGAAGAUAACUUUGACCAGGACGUGGAGGAGGACAUGUUGCCCACGGCGCCCAGCUCCCUCCCCAAAGUGCCUCAAGCCCUGCAGCCUGAGAUUCGGCAGGCCCCGGCCGCCCCCGCAAUCAUGCCCUCGCACGUCCCCCUCCAGCACAAGCCUCUGUCGGCCUCUGUCCCGGCGCCGGCCCCGGCCCCGGCCCCCGUUGCCGCAGCGACGGCCCUUCCCGCCGUGAUCCCGGCGCACUCGCACGUGGUGACGGCCCCCAGCAUCCAGCCCACGGUGAUCGCCCACGCCUCGGCGGCACAUGCCUCAGCCUCGCACGCCUCCGUCAUCCAGGCGGUCAACCACGUCAUCCAGGCGGGCCCCAAGCACAUUGCCCACAUCGCCCCCUCCUCCUCCAACGGGCCGCAGCCCAUUGGCCACAUCACCGUGCACCCUGUCGCCCACCUGCCCGCCCUCUACCCGCAGCCCGUGGCCGUCACCCAGCCCGCCGUGGUCAGCCACAUCGCUCACACGCUCUCGCACGCCCAGGUGCACGGCCCCGCCCCCAGCCAACAGGCCGCCACCAUGGUGGGCAAGCCCGCCACCGUCGGGGCCCAGGUGGUCGCUCACCACCCCCAGCUGGUGGGCCAGACCGUCCUUAACCCCGUCACCAUGGUCACCAUGCCCUCCUUCCCUGUUAGCACCCUGAAGCUGGCCUGA